UAUUAAUUACGGAGCACAAGAGUGAUAUGUAUGCAGUAAUACAGGAGGAAGAUUCUUCGUAGCGGAGACAUACUAGAGCAAUAUAGUAAGAUGACUGCUAGCAAUGUAAGACGGCUAGCUGGCUAGCUAACUGGUCAGCUAUCUUGUGCUAAAAUACUAGCUAGCCAGCUAACUAGCUAAAAAACAUCAUUGAAUUAAACUGGUAAUUUCGCCGUCGUAUCAUCUAUAAACGAAGAUCGGGAUUAUCCCGACUCUGUUACUACAUGCAUCCUCUACAUUGGAUUCUUGUUUUCAAUGAUUGUGAUUCUAGUUUGAUCAUAGACAGAUGUCUAGCAAGCAGAGUUUACGAGGGUAACGUUGGGCUACAUGGUCAUACCAGCUUGCAUGUUAGCCUAGCUAUCUUACACACAUCUGUAAGUGAUCAUAUUUUCUAAAGAGGGGGAGUGUUCGGCGCUUUGCUAACUAACCAACUAACUAGCUAUUUGGCAGUCGUUUCACCCAAAAUCAUUGUACUCGUUGCUUUCUUUUUUUCUGUCCAUCGCGUUGUCUGACGUCUUGGCUUGGAGUUCAUUUUUCUGGUUGUUAGAGGGAGAAAUAGUUCCCGUGACAGAUAUAAUGAGGAAUAGCUAACGUUAUGUAGCUGCCAUGUUAACUGAAUUCAUGGAGUAGCUUGGAGCUGGUAACGUAAGCUAAUCCUCUGGUUCUUUGUUAAGAUCACCGGAGUAGUGUUUGGACCCAUUAAAGACGUGCUCGACAAUUUUACACUUUUUCUCUAUAUGAACGGUGACAUGGCACCGCACCGACAGUCAUAUUAAUGGCUGCCGAAUCGGGGAGACUACUGGCGGGACAAAGUCAAGGAAAACGAGGCAAAGGUUCACAGAUGCUGAAGAGCCCGGAGAAAAAGAGGAAAAAAUCCAAUGCACAGCAGGGGCCAGCGGUUUCGCACCUCUCCGAGUUUGCGCCCCCGCCCACCCCCAUGGUAGAUCACCUGGUGGCCUCCAACCCGUUCGAUGACGACUUUGGAGCCCCGUCCCGUCCCAGUGGUGCUGCCUUCUUGUCCAGCCCGGGGGCGAGCGGUGCUGGCGGUGGUUAUGGGGGUCCUGGCCGAAUGGGGGUCCCCAUGGGCUUCAUGGGGGGCCCUGGGGGGCCUAGGGGAGGCCCGCCUGGACGCGGGCCGCCGUUCGGCCCCCCUCCACCCAAUGCCGGGCCGCACCACCUAGGUGGGUUUGGGAUGCCGGGGUUUCCGGGCGGCGGAGGAGGAGGCGGGGGUGGGGGUGGCUUUCCCCCCGGCGGUCCAUCGCAGUUCAACAUGCCUCCCAACUUCAGCCCGCCCAUGCAUCCUAGCCAAGGAUUCAAUCCCAUGUUGUCCCCCGGCGGGAUGGGCGGGCCAGGGGGCGGGGGACCCCCACAUCCUCGCUUCGGGAUGCCUCCGCAGCAGCCUCAGCAUGGCCAGGGCGUCCACCCCUUCAACAGCCCUCCUCUACCAGGUGGAGGGGGCCCUCGGGGGCCACCCCAUGGGCCCAUGAACCCCAUGGGCGGCAUGCCAGGCGGGAUGAACAUGAUGGGACCCAUGGGGGGUCCUGGAGGAGGAAACAUGGUUGGGGGCCAUCCGGGGUUACCCCCACAGGGACAGUUUCCACCUAACCAGGAAGGCCCCUACCCGGGCCCCAGUCCUCCGGGCAAUGACGAGGGGAAGAACUUUGGCCCUGGUGGCCCCCAGCCAGGCCCGCCCCAGCAGCAGCCCCCCAACCUCAACCCCUCCGGCCCCCCAACCAACAACAACACCCCUGGGCCCUCCCCGUCCUCCGGCCCCCCCCAGCCCGGGGGAGGAUUCCCGGGUCACCCGGACGUCCAGCAUCCCAACCCGAAUACCCCCGGCCAGCCCUCCUCCGUCCCGCCCCCCCCCAACCCCAACUCCUCUCCCACUGGUCCUCUGAAUGGCCCUCAGCAGCCGCCGUCCAAUCAGCAUCCGCCGCCUAACUCCACCGGUGGCCCGUCCUCCAACAACUCUUCCCAGCAGCCGCCACAGACGACGCCGCCCAACUCCGCCCCUGGUCCCACCCCGUACAAUCAACAGAACAGUGGCCCGGGCUCUGCCCCCAUGCCCAACCAACCACCCAACUCUACCCCUAAUAACUUGCCCAACAACGGCGGUGCCAACACGCCCGGCAACAAUCCCAACCCCCCGUCCAAUUCCACCCCGACUCCCACCACCCAGUCGCCCCUGCCCCCUGGUCCCGCGCCCCCCUCCUCCGGCCCCGGUGGGGGCCCCCCGAAAAUGGGCGGGGGGUCGGUGUGCCCCUGCGGCUUUUGCUUGUCCGAGGUGCACGACGACCAGGAGGCCAUCUUGUGCGAGGCGUCGUGCAAGCGCUGGUUCCACCGUGACUGCACGGGCCUGACGGAGCCGGCGUACGGGCUCCUGAACCGCGAGGACGCCGCCAUCUGGGCCUGCGACUUCUGCCUCAAGAGCAAAGAGAUCCAGGCAGUGUACGUACGACAGGGGAUGGGCCAGCUGGUGGCAGCUAAUGAGGGCUGAGAGAAAGAGAGCGAGAGAGAGAGAGAGGGGUUUGUUUGUGUGUGUGUGUGUGUGUAUGUGUAUGUGUGUGUGUGUGUGUAUGGUGCUGGGGUAGUCUGGGAUGAAAGAGGAAGAUGUGAUGGAGGCUUAUACCAGCUUGUUGGGGUGAGUGAAUCCUGAGGAGAGGAAGAGGUGGGGAAGAAAUGGACUUUCAGCAGCGAUUUUCUUUGUCUUUGGCCUUUAUUUUGGAACGCCCUGCGCCUGAUUCUCACUAAUGUUAAUGUUAUUUUUUUUUUCUUUUGGCUCAUUCUGUAAAUAAGCACUUUGGGUGUCUCUCGCUAAAGAAAAACAAACAAACAAACAUAAUUUACCGUUUCAUUUACAAGUCCAAACACAUCCUCUGUAAAUUGUACAAAUCAAAAGCACACCGGAGCUACCAUGUCCUCUGGUGAAGCACUGACAUCAACUCGCUACCUCACACACUCUACAAACUCGCCAGCCCAGCCCAGACCCACACCAGGCAAGGCUGUGUGUCACACUGUCAUUCUUCCCCCCCCUCUCUCGCUCCUCUCUCCACUAAGGUUCCGGUCUCUCAGAAAUCUCUCUCCCAGUUGUAGCCCAUCUUGCACGCCUCCUGUGAAACAACAUGAUGCAGAAGCAACCAAUCUGUAGAUACUCGACCAUUGAGUCACUAACACACCAACAGACUUCCCUCUGUCCACUAAGGAACACAGUUGAACUGAACUUUGAACUGCAAAGGCAAAUAUUUCCAGGCUCCUGCAGUCACAAUGGAUUGUUUUCUUUUGUUUUUGUUUUUGUUUUUCAUUUUAAAGCUCCACCUUCAGACAUGUUUUCUCUGGCGGCGAUAAAAGCUGAGCUGGCAGAGUAGCAAUGGGGUUCGGUGUAGCAUGUAGUGAAAUCAGUCAUAUCAUGUCAUAUGUGUAUAGUCUUUGGCUUGCAUGUGAACCAAUGCAGUAACUUGUGUUUUUUUUGUUUGUUUGUUUUUCUUUUGUUUUCAUUUUGGGCUUUUGCUUUGAGCAGGGCCUUGAAGUAGACCAAAUAACUGGAUGAAAAAAAAAAAAAGAAUUCUCCAAACUCAUCUUACUGUCACUGCGCAAGAUGUUUGUAUUUUUUUUUUUUUUUUUAAUAUACGUUAUUUUUUUAACAUUUCUGUCCAAGUUGCCUUUCUCUUAGCUGUUCUUUUUUGGUACUGAUAUCUGUGCUGUUCUAUGUGCUCUUCUCUGGCGACCUCUGGUGGAUUGGAGGUGCAGUUACAUGCGGGGUGGGAAGAGGGAUGGUACUGUAAUGUGCUCAGAAGUAAAGCGAAUUUUGAUUUUGUA